AUGGCUACCCCUAGUGUCCUAGCUUUUGACGCUGAGGGUCGAGCCAUUGACUUUGAGGUCUGGGUAGACGACCUGCAGUUGUUUUUACAGUGCGAUAGGGCAGACGGCCUCUCUCUCUUUGACCUCACUUCUGGCGCCUCUCCUGCCCCUGCUGCUGAUGCUGAUCCGACUGUGCGCUCUCAGUGGGCCACCCGCGAUGGUGCUGCACGUCUUGCUGUGCGUCGCCACCUCCCUACCUCUGAGCGCGCGCACUUUAGUCAGUACAAGAGUGCUCAGACCUUGUACGACGCUGUAGUUGCGCGCUACUCCUCCCCUGCCACUGCUGCACUGAGCCUCGCGCGCCUCCCUGACUCCCUUCGCGUAGUCAGGGACCACUUUCUCGCAGUCUGUCCCACCACCCUCACCGUCGACGUCCUCGAGAAGGCCCUCCUCGCGGCGGAGAAGAGCAUCGUCGCUGUAGGAGCUUCUCGUGGUGACCCUCGCACCCCCAUCAUUGAGGGGUGCUCUCCUUCCCCCCUGCUGCCCUCUGUUGCCUCUGCUGCUGCUGCCGACCUGCUUGGUCUUGAGUCGGUCGGCGCGGCGUCUGCCCCUAGUGGGAGACGCCGCUCUGGCAAGGGCAAGGGGGGCAAGGGCGCGGGUGGAGCUGGAGGGGGUGGUGGAGGUGGCGGUGGAGGCGGCGGAGGGAGUGGAGGUGGCGGCGGGAGUGGUAGCGGGGGUGGUGGUGGUGGUGGCAGCGGCGGCGGAGGCGGCGGUGGUGGCGGCGGCGGUGGUGGUGGUGGCAGCGGUGGAGGUGGAGGCGGCGGUGGAGGCGGAGGAGGAGGCGGUGGUGGCGGAGGGGGUGGAGCUGGUCGGGGUGGUACCCAGCAGCGGAGCGGUGGUGGUGGUGGUCAGCGCCCGCAGCAGCGUUCGCGAGACAUCCCUCCGCCCCAGCAGCUUCGUGAUUGGGCUGGUGUAGCGAUCUUUGAUCUUGACUAUGAUGCUAUCCUUGCUGCUAUGUAUGCUGUGACUAUUAGUGAGGAGGGUGACUGUUACCGGUGUUUCCCGCCCGACCCGGGCAUUGGUACUGCUGCGCUAGGUGCUUGUGAGGCUGCUGCUCUAGGUGCCAGUGCGUCUGCGCUCUCAGGUACUGGUGAGACUGCGCUCUCAGGUACUGCGUCGCCCUCGUCCUCCCUCACUUUCACACUUGACUCCGGGGCUUCUCGCUCCUUCUUUCGAGACCGCACCACCCUCACGCCGCUUGGCCGGCCAGUUGCGAUCUCCCUGGCUGACCCCUCUGGGGGUCCUGUCCUCUCUCACUUCUCCACUGUCCUCCCGUGUCCGGCUGCCCCUUCGGGCACCCUGUCUGGUCUGUACCUUCCCUCGUUCUCUACGAACUUGGUGAGUGGUGCGGACCUGCAGGAUGCGGGGGUUCACCAGUUCACUCCUGCGAGUCAGCGGGUGACCCACUGCACGGACGCACGCACAGGCCGACACCUGGCCACGUUCUCGCGUCGGCCGGGGUCAAGCCUCUACACACUGACCACUGCGUCUCCUCCUGUCCCUGCGUCUGGUCAGGUAGCUGCGUCAGGUCAGGUGCUUGCUGUUGCGUCCCGGUCAGGUCCUGAGUCUGCCCCCUGUUCGUGUCGCCUCCUGUCUCACGAGACUCUCCUGUGGCACCACCGUCUUGGCCACCCCUCCUUGCCCCGUCUUCGGAGCAUGGCUUCCCGUGUCCUUGUCUCUGGUCUUCCCCAGUCUCUCCCUCCCCUUCCCUCCGGGCCAGGACCUUCCUGUGUCCCCUGUGUCGAGGGGCACCUCCGGGCUGCUCCUCACUCCUCCCACUUCCCCCCGACAGAGGCUCCUCUGCAGACGCUUCACAUGGACGUGUGGGGCCCAGCCCGCGUCCGUGGGCAGGGUUACGAGCGCUACUUCCUGUUGGUGCUCAGGAAGAGCUUCGGCUCGGACUUUCCUGUUCUGCGUCUGCACUCGGACAGAGGCGGAGAGUUCUCCUCUCGCCUUCUGCGAGACUACUGUCGUGCACGGGGGAUCCGCCGGACCUUCACGCUUCCGGACUCUCCACAGCAAAAUGGGAUUGCUGAGCGCCGCAUUGGCAUGGUCAUGGAUGUCGCUCGUACGUCCAUGAUGCAUGCGGCUGCCCCCCAUUUUCUGUGGCCGUUUGCGGUGAGGUACGCGGCGCAUCAGCUCAACCUUCACCCCAGGGUCUCUCGGCCCGCGAUGUCCCCAGUCUUGCUGUGGACGGGGAAGGUUGGCGAUGCGUCGGCGUUCCGUGUCUGGGGAUCUCGGGCGUUUGUCCGCGACUUGUCUGCGGACAAGCUGUCCCCUCGUGCUGCUCCCUGUGUCUUCCUUGGCUUCCCCACUGACGCUCCAGGGUGGCAGUUUUAUCACCCCUCCUCUCGUCGUGUUCUAUCCUCCCAGGACGUCACGUUGGACGAGUCAGUCCCCUUCUACCACCUCUUCCCCUACCGCACUCCUUCCCUCCCCCCUCCGCCGGACUUCCUUGUGCCGGUUCCCCCCCCGGUAGAUGCGGAGAUAACUACUACAACGGGAGCUUAG